AUGUGUGAAGUAGGUAUCUAAAUCUAAAAAUAACAUUUGUUUAAAGCUAGACCAGAGUUCCCGAUUAGGCCUAAAGAAAUAGAGUUGGUUCUCCAGCAGUGCUUCCAAUACCCCUAUGACAUCAUCAGGCAGAGCCGAGUAGAAAUAUAACAUUCUCCUCCUGGCCAAUCAGACAAUAGAUAGAUAAGUCCUGACGAUCCCUCCAUUUAAGUGAUAAUGCCCGAGAUGCCGGUGUUUGGAGCAUAUAUUGGCACGGGUGUUGUUAUGCCCGAGACAAAGUCGAGGGCCGGCAAACCGUGCCAAUAUAUCCUCCAAACAUCGGCUUCGAGGGCAUUAUCACUUUUAUACAACGGGUUAACAACAUAUUCAAAUAAUGAUUGACAUAUUUUCAUAAACGUUAUUUUUAUUAAUUUAUUCAUACUAUUUCAUCCUUCCACAAUAUAUAGUCCCGACACAAAUCUAGGGUUGCUGGAGACGCGAUCCAGUCGUUCAGUCUUUUUGUUCUGUAUUUCGUUCUAAAUGUUCCAUUGCCAUACUGGCUGGCAACGUUCUUAUCCCUUGCUUGCUAGCUAGCCAACUAUGACAAACUUACAGUCACAUCAAAAAGUGCAGCCAGAAUAACAGCAAAGUAGCUGUAUUUGCAUUUGUUUAAACUGUUUUCUAGUGAGUGACAUUUAUUUAAGAUACAUCCAUAACAAUGAGCUAAUGAGGCGCGAUUUCGCCUACCAUAGAAAAUGUGCUCACUUGUCAGGACACUGUUGUUCAGAGGAGCUAGCCAACAACACAGCUACAGUAACACAAUCACUUCAAACUGAAGCUGGAAAGACUGCAAAUUAGCUGCGUUUCAUUUUACCUUUUUUCAAUAUACCUUUUUUUGUAUAUAUCCAUAAAAAUUAUGCCAGCUGAUUCAUGAUUUCGACUGGCUGAGAAAAGCUGCCUGCCUGUCUGUCUCGUCCCAACUCCCACACGUUCAUUACUAUGGGACAGCUGGAGAUCGAAUUUCAAUAUUGAAACAAUGUUGCAAAUGUCUGAGAGACAGCCCACAACAAAAUGUUAGUCUAAAAGAAAUGUGAGAUCAUGUCUAGAUGCUUUUUAUAGUGGAAAUAAAGUUUAUAAAUUGCCUGGCUGGGCUGAUAAUAAUAUAAUAUGCCAUUUAGCAGACGCUUUUAUCCAAAGCGACUUACAGUCAUGCGUGCAUACAUUUUUUUUGUGUAUGGGUGGUCCCGGGGAUCGAACCCACUACCUUGGCGUUACAAGCACCGUGCUCUACCAGCUGAGCUACAGAGGACCACACUGAUGAGACAGUGGAUUGCGCAGUCAGAUGGAACAGAGUAAAUAGGCAUUUUAACUUCAUAGAUUUAGCCGGUGGCAAUUUGUGGAAUAGACACGGCUGGAAUGCGCUCUUAACCAAUCAGCAUUCAGGAUUAGACCCACCCGUUGUAUAAUACAUUAUAAUCCAGCUAUAAUUCCAUGGUUUACUUCUGCAUUUCACAGAGAGAACAGGGUAGUGCGCCCCAGGUUUUCUUUAUCCAGCAGUGCAAGAGGAUCACUAAAUGAUCCCUGCCUAUUAAGCUGUCUGGUAUAAGUAGAGAGAGAAAAGGGGUCAUGGGGAAAGGGCAGAGUUUCCUUUAGAAAAGGUAACAAGAGGCCAAGUCCUUUUUGGCUGGUGUAUAAUGGAAGCCUCGGGCUGACAAAAUAAAUGCAUCUUCCUCUCUCCCUGACCCCCUCUUAACCUUUUACUGCAGUGGGCUAAAUCGAGGUCACACAGAGUGAUUCUUGGUAGUCUUAAAUAAAUCUACUUUGAAACAAAAGUAUACACCUCACACACAUUGCUAUGGUCUUAAAAAAAGAAGACACCUGUACAAUGUCAGAUAUAGAGUUCCCAGGCGUGCAUUAUAGAUUCUCAUUGUUACUUAAUUAAGGGGAAAUGAGAUAUGCUCAUGGUCAUUUAUUGUGGUGUUUUUUUAGCAUUAAUCAUAAUUAAUUAAAUACCUAGAUAAUGUAUAUAAACGCAACAUAAAAAUAAAUAAAAAUAUAAACGCAACAUAUAAAGUGUUGGUCCCAUGUUUCAUGAGCUGAAAUAAAAUAUCCCAGAAAUGUUCCAUAUGCACAAAAAGCUUAUUUCUCUAAAAUGUUGUUUAUAUCCCUGUUAGUGAGAAUUUCUUCCAAGAUAAUCCAUCCACCUAACAGGUGUGGUAUAUCAAGAAGCUGAUUAAACAGCAUGAUCAUUACACAGGUGCACCUUGUGCUUGGGACAAAAAAAACACCACUCUAAAAAGUGCAGUUUUGUCACACAACACAAUGCCACAGAUGUCUCAAGUUUUGAGAGAGAAUGUAAUUGGCUUGCUGACUGCAGGAAUAUCCACCAGAGCUGUUGCCAGAGAUUUUAAUGUUAAUUUCUCUACCAUAAGCCGCCUCCAACGUUGUUUUAGAGAAUUUGGCAGUACGUCCAACCGGCCUCAAAACCACAGACUGUGUGUAACCACGUCAGCCCAGGACCCCCACAUCCAGCUUCUUCACCUGCGGGAUCGUCUGACACCAGCCACCCGGACAGCUGAUGAAACGGAGGAGUAUUUCUGUCUGUAAGAAAGCCCCUUUGUGGGGAAAACUAAUUCUGAUUGGCCUGCCUCCCCAGUAACUUAGUAAAAUCAUUGCGUUUAUAUUUUUUGUUCAGUAAACAUCACAGAAGACUGAAAUAUAACACAACUGUUUGACAUAGAAACACAAGAUUUUCGUUGUAAAAAAUAAAAAAUAAAUUAAUAAUUAAUAAAAAAACUAUGAAAAAUAUUAACAACAUUCCACCCAUGAGGCCAAAGGGGGCGCUUUUGGUCAUUGACACCAGGAAAGAGCUACACAGCAGGGGGGAUGAUGUGGUGUCAUACAGAGGUAGUGGUAGUAUUGGGUAGUGAUGGACGACUAACCUACAAUACACUUAUUACCUCAAGAAAGAGCUGUUGACCCAGCAAAUAAGACCCAGCAAAUAAAGUGUCUGUUUUAGUUCAGUUUUUGGCCCUAGAAAUAGCCUUCCAAACUUUGGUCCACAGAGGAAACUUCUCUUGAGAAUGUUAUCAAUUGUAUAGAGUGAGAAAACUAGGCUUAAACUAUAAACAGUUUCCUAGUUACCAAACUUUUCUGACCACAACAUGCAGUCAAGAUGGCAUCCCUCUUCCUGACACACCCACUUCCUAUUUAACUCAAACCAGGAAGUGACUAUGGGUGUGGCUAGGGAGUGACCAGGGCGAUGCCCACAGCCUAUACACAUCUCAAGGAACCUUGUGGGUUGCAAGUGUCUUUGUGUGUAUUGACUAUCCUGUAUGUGUGUAUCCUGUGUGUGUGUGUGUGUGUGUGUGUGUGUGUGUGUGUGUGUGUUUGUUUCCAGCUGGUGGGUCUGACCCUGCUGGGCGGGGGGAUUUGGGUGAGUGUGGGUGGGGGUUCGUUCCUCCAGGUGCUGGCUCCCUUCUCCACCCACGACAUGCAGUCUGUCAAGGUGGGCUUCUUCUGCAUCGCUAUUGGAGGAGUUCUGGUUCUACUGUGUGUUGUGGGCUGCUGUGGAGCCCACAAUGAGAGCAAGUGUCUGCUACUACUGGUAGGUACAGUCCAGAAUACAGGCCAAAUGCUGAACACAGCCAAUUAACUUACACUAACUGUUAACCUGAACACAGCCAAUUAACUUACACUAACUGUUAACCUGAACACAGCCAAUUAACUUACACUAACUGUUAACCUGAACACAGCCAAUUAACUUACACUAACUGUUAACCUGAACACAGCCAAUUAACUUACUCUAACUGUUAACCUGAACACAGCCAAUUAAUUUACACUAACUGCUAUACUCACAAUUGUGAUCUAACUCAACUACAAAACCAUAAGGUACAUUAUUCACAAUAUCUACAGUAUAACAUUCAUGACCGUACAAUAGACCUUACGUACCCACUUCUCUACACUCCCAAUUCAUCUAUCUACACAGUUCACAAAACAAGCUACCACAUCCAUGAUGGACUAUCUUUCUCCAGUGUAGUCCUGAAGAAGGUGUGUUAAUGUUCAUUAACAAUGUGGCUAACUACCCCCAGAGUCCAUUUCAUGAAUAAUGAGUAGCACAGCUAGGACAUUUCCCCCAUAAGCACCAUCACAUACUAAGUCGUUCAUUACUCAGACUGAUAGAGCUGCACGGAGUCUAACGGUAGUAGUCCAUAUAGGAUACAUUACUGUUCCCAGCUCACAGCCAGGAGAAGAUGCUUAUCGGUUGUUUCAGUGUUCACAUUAAACCACUUCCCUGUUCUCCUUUGUCUAAUCAACGGUUAGCCUUUACAAUAACAUGACAGGACAAAGGCUGAUUACGAAGCCCUGAGGAGUGCAGGAGUUGUGUUGUGGUUGGAUAGGGGUUGUUUAGUUGUUGUGGUUGGAUAGGGGUUGUUUAGUUGUUGUGGUUGGAUAGUUUUUUUUGUUGUUGUUGUGGUUGGAUAGGGGUUGUUUAAUUGUUGUGGUUGGAUAGGGGUUGCUUAGCUGUUGUGGUUGGAUAGGGGUUGUUUAGCUGUUGUGGUUGGAUAGGGGUUGUUUAAUUGUUGUGGUUGGAUAGGGUUGUUUAGUUGUUAUGGUUGGAUAGGGGUUGUUUAAUUGUUGUGGUUGGAUAGUUUUUUUUUAGCUAUUGUGGUUGGAUAGGGGUUGUUUAGUUGUUGUGGUUGGAUAGGGGUUGUUUAAUUGUUGUGGUUGGAUAGGGGUUGUUUAGCUGUUGUGGUUAGAUAGGGGUUGCUUAAUUGUUGUUGUGGUUGGAUAGGAGUUGUUCAGUUAUUUGUAGUUGUAUUUAUAAUGGAUCCCCAUUAGCUGCUGCCAAGGUAGCAGCUACUCUUCCUGGGGUCCAGCAAAAUUUAGGCAGUUAUAAAACAUAUUAAGUGUGUGUCCUCAGGCCCCUACUCUACUACCACAUCUCUACAACACAAAAUCCAUGUGUAUGUGUGUGUAUAGUGCGUAUGUUAUCAUGUGUUUGUAUGCAUGUGUCUGUGCCUAUGUUUGUGUUGCUUCACAGUCCCUGUUGCUUCACAGUCCUCAGUUGUUGUGGUUGGAUAGGGGUUGUUUAGUUUUUGUGGUUGGAUAGGGGUUGUUUAGUUGUUGUGGUUGGAUAGGGGUUGUUUAGUUGUUGUGGUUGUAUUGUAUUUGUGUGUUGUGUGUUGUGGUGUGGUGGUUGUGUUGUGGUUGUGUUGAAGUUGCAGUCAGCUACUCUAGUCUAAAGCCAAGUCCUUGUUCUUUGUCUUGUUCUUCUAAGUUUUUCUCCAUCAUCCUGAUUAUUUUCAUCGCUGAAGUGGCAGCCGGAGCCGUGGCCCUCACCUACUCUUCAGUUGUAAGUCUCCCUCUCUCUCUCCACCUCUGACUCGAACCUCCCUCCCUCCCUCUCUCUUUCUCUCUCUCUUUGUAUCAUCUCUCCUUAUGUCUCUCUCUCCCUCCCCCCUCCUCUCUCUCUCUCGCUCUGGCUUUCACUACCCUUCUCGAUUUUAUCUCCAUGUAUAUGUUCCCUCAUACCCCGGCCAUCAUUGAAUUACUGGGCUUUAUGUCCACUUCAGUACAUUCGGCCCUUUAAUGACUCCAAGAUUGCCUGGGGCUGUGUGCGACGCCUCUCACUUUGAGCAAUUUAUUACUCUGGAAUAUUGAAGUUAAAGCAUUUUAUAUGCAAAACAGACUAUUUACAUAUAUAGGUCCCCCUCCCGCUCUUUCUCCUUCCUGUUCAGUGCAAUAUACAGUAAAAUACUAGCAGGACACCCCGUCCUUACGGACGGUAAAUCAUUGGAAAUGAAUCAUUUUAUUUAAUGCAAUUCUCUCCUCCUACAAAUCAAAAAUGUGUUUAUCUGUUCAGCGUUUUGGUCUCUGGAUAUACCAAUAUUCUCAACUCCGGAGCAUUUAAAAAAAAACUCCCAUAGGCCUAUUUCCUGUGGGAUCAUGGCCCUUGCUUUCUCUUUAAAAUUCAAUGUUGGCCCCAUGUUAUCUAUAUAUAUUUUAAAAAACAGUAUAGGAGGGCUCCAGACUUAAGAAAUAAGUUGUUUCAUCUAACAUGUCCAAGCAGGAAUGCAAGAUAAAGAUAUUUUGAUGCGCAAUACCUAAACCAGUGAUUGGCAUGAAUUUUGAGUUGACAAUUAGGCUAUUGAUGCUAUAAUUGUACUGUCAAAUUAGGGCUCCAGAAGUGUAAUUUCCACCACUCCAAUGUCUACCAGCUCACAUUUGUUGCCAAUGUGCCAGUGCUUAUUUGACUUGUUAUAUACCUUGUUUUAUUUGACAACAUUAUUUGAAAGGAUUUGAGGGUUAGUUUAAGAGUUGGGGAAAACAGGACAGCGGGUCAUCAUGAGAUGCUGUUGAAGAUUUUACACAUGGGCCCGUCAGACUGUAAGCACAGCAGCGCAGAUGAUACUGUACUGUGUGGGUUGCUGCAUGUUGCAAAAUGAAUACUACUAUUGUGUUGCAUAAUUGCCAUGGUAAUUUGGAAUGUCCAGUCAAUGAGCAUUAUGGGUAUAGGCCUAGUCAUUCUACCAAUACAAAAUUGGCCUACAAACGCUUACAUCAAGUGCUUUAUGACAGCAUCAUUAUUUACUUUCAGAGGUGAAUGUAUCAAACCAGUUGCCGUGAUACGUUUUUUGUUGUUGUGCACUCUCCUCAAACAAUAGCAUGGUAUUUUUUCACUGUAAUAGCUACUGUAAAUUGGAUAGUGAAGUUAGAUUAACAAGAAUUUAACCUUUCUGCCCAUAUAAGACAUGUCUUUAGUCCUGGAAAGUUUGCUGUUACUUACAACAGUCAUGCUAAUCACAUUAGCGCACGUUAGCUCAACCGUCCCGUAUAUGGGACACCGAUCCCGUAGAGGUUAACCACACUGCUAACCUUAACCACACUGCUAACCUUAACCUUUACCUUAACCACACUGCUAACCUAACCCUAACCUCAACCAAACUGCUAACCUUAACCUAACCCUAACCUCAACCUAACCCUAACCUUAACCUAACCCUAACCUCAACCAAACUGCUAACCUCAACCAAACUGCUAACCUUAACCUAACCCUAACCUCAACCAAACUGCUAACCUUAACCUAACCCUAACCUUAACCAAACUGCUAACCUCAACCAAACUGCUAACCUUAACCUAACCCUAACCUCAACCAAACUGCUAACCUUAACCUAACCCUAACCAAACUGCUAACCUUAACCUAACCUCAACCAAACUGCUAACCUUAACCUAACCCUAACCUUAACCAAACUGCUAACCUUAACCUAACCCUAACCUCAACCAAACUGCUAACCUUAACCUAACCCUAACCUUAACCAAACUGCUAACCUUAACCUAAUCCUAACCUCAACCAAACUGCUAACCUUAACCUAAACCUAACCUCAACCAAACUGCUAACCUUAACCUACCCCUAACCUUAACCACACUGCUAACCUUAACCUAACCCUAACCUUAACCACACUGCUAACCUUAACCUAACCCUAACCUUAACCAAACUGCUAACCUUAAACUAACCCUAACCUCAACCAAACUGCUAACCUUAACCUAACCCUAACCUUAACCACAUUGCUAACCUUAACCUAACCCUAACCAAACUGCUAACCUUAACCUAACCCUAACCUCAACCAAACUGCUAACCUUAACCUAACCCUAACCUCAACCACAUUGCUAACCUUAACCUAACCCUAACCAAACUGCUAACCUUAACCUAACCCUAACCUCAACCAAACUGCUAACCUUAACCUAACCCUAAUGUGUGUGUAUGUUGGUGGGUUUUUGUCUAGGACCAGAAGAGAUCCUAGGUGUGCAUUAUAGAUUCUCAUUGUUACUUAAUUAGAUAUGCAUAUAGUCAAUCUAUUGUGCUGUUUUUUUUAGCGUUAAUCCUAUUAAUUCAUUACCUAGACAAAGAACACUACCAUUUCGAUAAUGUAUAUGGCAUUCUCCGAGCAGCUGCCCAUCUCUGGCUUUUGAUGACACAGUAUCAUUGCAAUAAUUAAUAUGGAUUGGGUAGUAAUAUACAUAGGCAUCUAUGAACAUAAUAACUCUCAGAAAUAUACCCCUGCAGACAAUGAAAUGGGCAAUAAAUAUAGGGUGUUGAUCUAUUUCCUACUACUUUAUCUACCACAUCAAUCUCUCUUUCCCCAUCAGGCCUAUGCCCUAAUCUAACCAAAAAGCCAUGACCCGAUGGAAUCUGAAUAACCCAGAUUUAAUAACCAAUUUUAGGGAGCGUUAUACAAGCGUUAUAUGGCUGGUUUAUAGUUCUUCUAAAAGGCAUUCAGAGGUGACACGUGAGCAUAUAUGAUGCAAAAAUGUAAAACAACACUGCAAGUUACUGCAGGGCCUUAAUAACAGAUCGAUUAUGACAGAGAGGUGGUUGUUUCUGUCGGUAAGAGCUACUCUGCUAUAGGGCUUCCUCUGUUUGUUACCAUUAAAUAAUGUCAGAUAAUUAACACUUUUUCAGGAUUUAUAUUUAUAUAGAUAAAAUAUAUAUAUAUAUAUAUAUACAUAUAUAUAUAUAUAGUAUAUAUAUAUAUAUAUAUAUAUAUAUAUCAGUAUUUUUCUAUCAAUAACACACAAUGGCAUAUAGCCUAAUAUCCUCCACAACUCUCCUCUCCUUGCACAGUUUAGUUGAUACAGCAGGUACUUUAUCCCCUCCUGGCUCAGAGGCGUGUUUGUUGGUUAUGCCUUUUUCCUGUCCACAGUGGAUGUGUGAGUGUAUGUGUGUGUGUGUGUGUGUGUGGGUGGGUGUGGGUGUAUGUGUAUGUGUAUGUGUAUGUGUAUGUGUAUGUGUAUGUGUGUGUGUGUGUGUGUGUGUGUGUGUGUGUGUGUGUGUGUGUGUGUGUGCGUGCGUUCGUGUGUGUGAGGGAAUGCAGUGUAGUGAGGGGCACGCAGGGCAGGUAACCAGGCAGGCAGAGUGACAAUGAUGAAUUAGCUAGCUGGUAAUAACCCCUCUGAUCUGAGCCUCUCUUCCCACUUCUUGGGGGGCACUUUUAAUUGUAGCAUGUCUCCACGUCCCCUCAGGCUACUCUCCCCUGCCCCCUGAUAACACACACACACCCUCCCUCCCCUGAGUCUUUGUGUGACUGUACGCCAAGGGCUUAUUAAUCAAAAUGGAAAAAACGGGGACAGACUGAGCGGAAGGAGGUAGGGAGGGAGGUAGAGAGAGGGAGGGAGGGUAGAGAGUGGGAGGGAGGUAGAGAGAAGGAGGGAGGGAGGUAGAGAUUGGGAGGGAGGUAGAGAGAGGGGGGGGGGGGGGGGGGGAGCUGAAAGAAAGCCAGCCUGUAUGUCAUAUAGGAAUUCACUCUGGCAUGAACGUAUUCCUUUGUAUUAUAUUGAUAUGUUCUCUCUGCAUGAAAUAAAUAUGGUGUGAAACACAAUGGGAAAAGUGUCCUGACCGAACAAGCAGGAGCAUCAAUAUAUAUGUAAAUGUGGCCACUUACAAUCACAAAGGAGAAAAUUGAGAAAAAUGUCCCAGUCAUCUUCUCAGGUGCAGGCUAUGGGUUUUAUUUCCCAGGUGUUUUGUUUGGUUCAGAUAGACAUUUAUUUCAUUAUUGAUGCAUAGGUGACUGCCUGAGCUGUACCCUCUAAGCCUGUAAAAACCGCAUAUAUAUUGUGUGUUCGUUCAGUGGCUUGUGUGUGUGUGUGUGUGUGUGUGUAGUGGUCGUUGAUCUUAGGAACUUAGUGGCCCUAUUUGCUACAGUGCAUGUACAUGCACCAUGAGAUUUUCAUGUGUAUGUGUGUGUAUGGUCUCCAGGCCGAGGGGAUCCUUAAAGCAUGGGCCACCCCUGUCUUGAAGAACCAGUAUGGCAGCAAUCUGGUGGUCACCAAGAUCUGGAACAACACCAUGACAGAGGUAUGGCUCGAGUUACCACUACUUCACUAUUUCUCCGCUAUCCAGGAGCAAGACAGGUGCCAUUGUUCAUAGACAAUGGUGAGCCUGAACUAUCCAAAUCCAUGGCUAGCCCUCCUGAGUCCUGACUAACCCUAUCUGCGAUAUUUAGUCCCAUACGGUAUGGGCCAUAACUGCUGAGUUUGCCAUACACUAUCUAUCACAUGUCAAUCACAUUCUACCCUGUAAGAGUUUAGAAUUGUAAUGACAUGGCUUUUACUCUUUGUAUUGUAAAGCUUCUGUAUUGUGCCUUACCGUCAAUAGUGUUUUCAGUUGCAUACAAUUCUACAUUUCUGCCAUUGUUCAGCUCUCCUUAUUAUGCUUGAUUAAUGCAAAGACCUUGACUUGUGAAACUCUCUCUCUGCUAAAUGAGUAUGUCAAUACAUCAUGUAACUCUCUAGGACCAUGACCACCAUAUUUAAGAAGCCUACAGGCUAGAAAUUACAGAGGAAUAAAAAUCAAUAUCCUAAGUAGAAUGCCAAAGAAAAGCUGUUUGUAACAUAACCGUCCAUGUCGUGUUGCUUUUUAUUGAAUGCUAAAUCAAUAACUAAAUGAAAUGCCUUUAUUUUGGUGAACACUUGCCAGUGUGCUAGUCCAUCUCCAACGCAUUGUUGUUAGCAUGCCACUCAAGUGAAAUUCUCAAAGCCUGUUACAAGGAAAUGCUGAGAGAACGCUACAACAUCGCAAAUUGUCUCUCUUUCUUUCUCUCCGUGUCCUUGAAGCUGAACUGCUGUGGCUUCACCAACUACACAGACUUUACGGAUUCGUACUACUCUGAGCAGAGCGAG